CGGAGGGCGAGGCGCCCAGUCGGGCGGAUCCUAGGGCGCUUGAAGGGUCUGCCGUCGCCCGCGGUCCGGAGACCGCCGUCCGCUCCCCCGACCCUCUCUGGCGCCCCGGUCCUUGCCGAAGGUCCCCGCAGAGCCCCUACCGGAGCGCCCCGUCGGCACUCGGGGCAGGGGGCGGAGAGGGGCGUAGCCGGCAGCCCGCCUGGAGUAGUUCCGGGUCGGAAAGGCGGACUCUGGGGUAGCACCGCGGAGCGGGGAGCGGCGGCGACAUGCGGUUCCGCUUCUGCGGGGACUUGGACUGCCCCGACUGGGUGCUGGCCGAGAUCAGCACCCUGGCCAAAAUAUCCUCGGUGAAGCUGAAGCUGAUCUGCGCCCAGGUGCUGCGGGACCUGCUGGGGGAGGCCAUCGAGUAUGACAAAAUCCUGAAGCUGACCUCAGAUGCAAAGUUAGAGUCGGGGGAUGUGAAGGCAACCAUUGCUGUCCUUGGCUUCAUCCUCUCCAGUGCAGCCAAGCACAAUGUAGACAGUGAGUCUCUGUCAAGUGAGCUGCAGCAGCUGGGGCUGCCCAAAGCAGAGCAUGCCAGUGGGUUGUGCCGUUCCUAUGAGGAGAAGCAGAGCACCCUCCAGGACAGGCUCAGGGCCUGCAGCCUGCGAUUGAGCCAGCUGGGCUCAGUGCGCUGGCGGGUGGAUUACACCCUCAGCUCCAGCGAGCUGCAGGAGGUCAACGAGCCCGUGGUGCACCUGACCUUCAACGUGCGGGAUAGAGAGUGUGAGAAGAUGACAGCUAUCCCUGUGACGCUCUCGGCCAACAAGUUCCGGGUGCUGCUGGCAGAGCUGAAGCAGGCCCAGACCCUGAUGAACACCCUUCUUUGAGGAGCCAGAAAAGGGCCAUGGCAGGAGGUUGCGACAGUGAGUUGGGGGCCCACACUGGUGCUCUCGGCUGGGGAGGAGGACGUUUCCCUGCCCUCUGGGUUUCCGGGGGUCCUCGGGGCAGCUCCAAUAAAGUCCCGGUGACAAAGCUGA